AGAAGAGCGGCAUCACUCGAGCUCAGGUUCCAGCCGCCACCGCGCACUGAGCCCUACAUUCAGGAAGAGGAGCAGCAGCGGCAUCGGAAGUCACCGCGGCGGGCAGGUGACAGAAAGGCCCCGAUCGAAAAGCCUGGGAGGGCCGCCGACCUACCCCCGGAGGAGGAGCCAGUCUGAGCUCAAGGCGCCAGUGCAGGAUCAGUGCCAGGGAGCCGUCGCCUCCAUGGCCCACUCACCAGUGGCUGUUCAAGUGCCCGGGAUGCAGAAUAAUAUAGCUGAUCCUGAAGAACUGUUCACAAAAUUAGAACGCAUUGGGAAAGGUUCAUUUGGAGAAGUUUUCAAAGGCAUUGAUAAUCGUACUCAGCAAGUGGUUGCCAUUAAAAUCAUAGACCUUGAGGAAGCCGAGGAUGAAAUAGAAGACAUUCAGCAAGAAAUAACAGUUCUGAGCCAGUGUGACAGUUCCUAUGUAACAAAAUACUAUGGAUCAUAUUUAAAGGGUUCAAAAUUAUGGAUAAUAAUGGAAUACCUGGGUGGAGGCUCAGCACUGGAUCUUCUGCGAGCUGGUCCAUUUGAUGAGUUCCAGAUUGCUACUAUGCUAAAAGAGAUUUUGAAAGGUCUGGACUAUCUGCAUUCUGAAAAGAAAAUUCACCGCGACAUAAAAGCUGCCAAUGUCUUGCUCUCAGAACAAGGAGAUGUGAAACUUGCUGACUUUGGAGUGGCUGGCCAGCUGACUGAUACACAAAUUAAAAGAAACACCUUUGUGGGAACUCCAUUUUGGAUGGCUCCUGAAGUUAUUCAACAGUCAGCUUAUGACUCAAAGGCUGACAUUUGGUCAUUGGGAAUUACUGCCAUUGAGCUCGCCAAAGGAGAGCCACCGAACUCUGAUAUGCAUCCAAUGAGAGUUCUGUUUCUUAUCCCCAAAAACAAUCCUCCAACUCUUGUUGGAGACUUUAGUAAGUCCUUUAAGGAGUUCAUUGAUGCUUGCCUGAAUAAAGAUCCAUCAUUUCGUCCCACAGCUAAAGAACUUUUGAAACACAAAUUCAUUGUAAAAAAUUCCAAGAAGACUUCUUAUCUGACUGAACUGAUAGAUCGAUUUAAGAGAUGGAAAGCAGAAGGACACAGUGAUGAUGAAUCUGAUUCUGAGGGUUCUGAUUCGGAAUCCACCAGCAAGGAAAGUAAUGUUCAUCCUGAAUGGAGUUUCACCACUGUGCGAAAGAAGCCUGAUCCAAAGAAACUGCAGAAUGGGGCGGAGCAAGAUUUUGUGCAGACUCUGAGCUGUUUGUCCAUGAUAAUCACACCUGCGUUUGCUGAACUUAAACAGCAGGAUGAGAAUAAUGCAACCAGGAAUCAGGCAAUUGAAGAACUUGAGAAAAGUAUUGCUGUAGCUGAAGCCACCUGUCCUGGGAUCACAGAUAAAAUGGUGAAGAAAUUAAUUGAAAAAUUUCAAAAGUGUUCUGCAGAAGAUUCCUCCUAAGAAAUUUCUUGUAGCUGGCUUCUGUUUCAUAUGAAAUCAGAGAAUCCCACCAAAGUUACUUCAAGCUUAAUGAUGUUUAACUCAUGAGUUCCACGUGCCUUUGCAACAUUCAAGAUUUAGAAGUCAUUCGACUAUUUUGUGAUGGUGUUUAUCAUUUUAUAUUUUAAAGGGAUUAUUUUGUAAGGAAUAACUUUUAAUACUAUAGUUUCACCUGUAAUGUAGUAAAUUUUGAGAUACAGUUUGGCUUUUAGGUAUUAUUUCUUCAGUUACUAGGAUGAAUACCUUUUGUGCUUUAAAUUUCAGUUAACUGUAUACUCAUGACACAUACAGGUCUUUCAAAGUCAUCAUUAAUAUUCAUCUUUUAUAAACCAUAAAACUUCAAACAGCAUUUUUUACACAAGCAUGUUCUUAAAGUGAUUAUUUGUAGGGAGGUAGAAAUAAGUCAUACCUUCUAAAAACAGAAGCUUUUACUACACUCUUAGAAAUGAAAUCUAGAAAAGUGUUGACUUCUACCCAGGCAGCUCACCUCAGUGAGUAUCACAUCAAUACAAGUACCUCUUCGUGCACAGUAUUUAUCUUCACUUUUAGAUGGAAGAGGCAACUAUUAUUUAAUAUGCUGUGAGACACUUAAAGCAAUAUCAUUUAGCUAAGGAUGAAUUUUUAAUUAUACUACAGGAGUUAGUCUGGCUUCAUUCUUUAAAUCUUCCACUUCAACUCAACAGAUUGGAGCCUCAUAGUUCUUGAAGAAACCAUAACAUUUAUUAUAUGCUGGGAUUCUCAGAGCUUUAGAUUGUCAUGUAAUUAGAUACCUGACCAACAGGUAUGAAUAUAAUUUCAACACCAGCAUCUUUUUUUUUUUUGCCAGUCUUGGGGUUUGAAUUCAGGGCCUGGAUAUGUCCCUGAG